AGAGAUGCAUGAGUAGGAACCCAACCCAGCCCAGCCAUUGUAGGCUUCCUGGUCAGUUGUGGACGGCAUGGCUCUUGAAGCUGCCCACCACUACCUGCAGCUCGCCGUCGGCCAUGGCACAUCCACGCCGGCGGUACUCCUCAUCGUCGUUGUUCCCUUACUGAUGUUAGUGCUAGUAUCAGUAAGAACAUCAGCGUCCACAAGAAAGCUGCGGCUCCCGCCUUCGCCUCCGGGCAGCCUUCCCAUCAUCGGCCACCUCCACCACAUCGGCGCCCAGACCCACAUCUCCCUGCAGCACCUGGUCGACAAGUACGGCCACAACGGUCUCCUCUUCCUCCGCGCCGGCGCCGUGCCCACCGUCAUCGUCUCCUCGCCAAGCGCCGCCGAGGCCGUCAUGCGCACCCACGACCACAUCCUCGCGUCGCGCCCGUGGUCCAUGGCCUCGCACAUCCUUCGCUACAACACCACCGACGUCGCCUUCUCGCCCUUGGGCGAGUACUGGCAGCACACCCGGAAGCUCGUCAACACGCACCUGCUCAGUGCCAAGAAGGUGCACUCCUUCCGCCAUGGCCGUCAAGAAGAGGUGUGCCUCGUCGUCAACAAGAUUCGUGAGGCGGCCACCAACGCUCCAUCCACGGCGGUGGACAUGAGCGAGUUCCUGGCCGCCUACACCAAUGACGUCGUAAGCCGCUCGGUGCUGGGAGCGACCCACAGGAAGAAAGGCCGCAACACGCUCUUCAGAGAGAUGACCGAGACCAACGUCGACCUUCUCGUGGGAUUCAACCUUGAGAACUUCAUCCCUAGGUGGCCACUGACGGAGGUGCUCUUCAGGCUGGUCUGCUGGAAGGUUCAGCGACACCUCAACAAGUGGGACGCCUUGCUGGAAGAGGUCAUCAAGGAGCACAUAAACUUGAAGCAAGAUAAUUCUGCCGACUUCAUCCAUGUUUUCCUCUCUCUACAGCAAGAGUACGGUCUCACGGACGAUAAUGUCAAGUCCCUCUUGAUGAACAUAUUUGAGGCAGCUAUAGAAACAUCGUAUCUGGUGCUGGAAUACGCCAUGGCCGAGCUUAUAAACAACAGACAUGUUAUGAAGAAACUACAAACCGAGGUAAGGACGUUUGCAUCGUCCAAGGGCAAAAGGUUGGACAUGAUUACGGAGGAGGACCUCAGCAGCCUGCCCUACCUAAAGGCAACUAUGAAAGAGGCCCUCCGCUUGCACCCACCAGGGCCUUUACUCCUCCCACACUACUCCACUGCUGACUGCAACAUUGACGGAUACGACAUACCCGCCAAAACACGUAUCCUUGUGAACGGUUGGGCCAUUGGAAGAGACCCAACAGCUUGGCAGAGGCCAGAGGAUUUCAUGCCGGAGAGGUUCCUACAAGAUGGCCAGGAGAAAUCUAGCAACCUGGGUCAAGAUUUGAAGUAUCUGCCAUUUGGAUCCGGACGUAGGAUUUGCCCCGGGGCAAAUUUUGCGCUCGCGACAAUGGAGAUUAUGCUAGUAAAUCUCAUGUACCAUUUUGACUGGGAGGUUCCCAAUGAGAAAGAGGGUACUGGUGGAAAGGUUAGUAUGGCCGAGACAUUCGGGCUGAUGCUUCGCCGAAAUGAGAAACUCUACCUUGUUCCAAAGAUUGUCUAAUAACUAGUAGUGCCCCAGAUCCCAAGUGUAAGCCUAUUUAAACUUGUGCGCAAUAAUUAAGGCGAGGGCUAAAAUAAGCAUGUUGUCCAUCUAUUGUUGUUGUCGGUCGAGAAGAUGGACGAGAAGUUUAAUGCACUGGUUAUGUGCAGUUAUGUUGUAGUAGUCAUGAAAAAUAAUCUAUUUGAGUUGUGAUGGAGUUAUAUUA